AUGGCACCCAAGAAACUUAGCACUAAAAAGAAGCCCAAAGAAACGGGCGGCUGGAUCUAUACCACUCCCUCCACCUGCAAGGGCAAAAGCACACCCUUCAACUCCUAUGCUUAUAAUACCACGCACUACAUCAUCAAAGGCGAGUUAACAUUCCAGAGAGAGGGCGUGCUACCUGUUCGUGGUUCGAAGCGUAAGCCGGUUACGCGUUCCCAAAUCGAACGCGAUGACGUCGGCCGCUUCCAAUGCGACAUUGCGGGGAUUGUUUCCGCUAAAGAUAUUGUCCCCAUUGCAAAGGGUGUGAUGUUCAAUGUAAUGGCAUUGCACGCGAGAGAUGGAGAGGCGAAGUUCGUAGAGGGGUACGAGGUUUUGAGUUGCGAGGUGAGGGAUAAGUUGUUGAAAAGGGGCGAUAUCAGUUGGGAAGUUGGAGGCGAGCAUGAGGGCAGGGUUGAUAGGGGAGUUAGGGCGGAGGGAGAUGUUAGUGCUACGGUGUUGGAGGGGAUAGUGUUGGGAACAGGGAGUGGGAACGUGAAGAAGGUUGUGGUUGAUGGAAUGUGGAAGAUGGAGAGGGGAAGGAGGGCACAAGAUAGUAGUGAAGAGGAGAGUGGAGGAGAGGACAGUGGGACUGAAAGCGAGGAAGAGGUUGUGGGUCAUGGUCGAAGGAAGGGCAAAGAGAAGGAGGUCGCUAAAGCUGGACCUUCGAGAGAGAAGGGAAAUGGAAAGAAGGCUGCUAGUAGAAGCACUAGCAGGAUGAAGGGAAGCGAGAAAGGAGAGAGUUCCAAGAGCAAGGAGCAAGCUAGUUGUUGUUGA